GCCAAAAAAAGCCUGCACUGGAAGCCAGCAGAGAGGAGAGAAGACCAGGCAGGAACACAGCAGAAAUGGCCUCUAAAUUGGUAGAGCUGGUCUAUUGGAAAAAGGUUCGGAAGACGGGUAUAGUGUUCACAGGGCUAGUGGUGGGACUGGCCAGUAUGUUCCAGCUGAGUGCCAUCACAAUCUUGUCCCACAUCUGUCUGGGCAUCCUGUGUGUCACCUUCACCUUACGCCUGUACUACAAACUACUGGAGCUGCUGCGCUGGAACCCUGGGGUGCACCCUUUUCAAUCGUACUUGGACUAUGACAGCACCCUGACAGACAAGGAGACUGUGGCGCUGGUGGAGGAGGUGGUGCUGUUGAUCGCAUUUGCUGUGACUGAAAUUAAACGGCUGCUCUUCAUCGAGAGCAUAGUCGACUCCAUCAAGUUUGCAGUGCUCCUGUACUUACUGACUCAUGUCGGUGUGAUGACCACUGGACUCACUCUGGUCAUCACUGCUGUAAUUGCCAUGUUCUCUUUCCCUAUAUUGUAUAAAAAGCAGCAGGUACGGAUAAGAAGAAUCACGAGAGCAGUAAAAGCGUUUAUAAAGAAAAUCAGGAGCCUGUUCUCCAGCCUGUACGAGUCAGUGAGGCCCUCAGAGCCCUCAGAGCCGGCCUCUAAAUCCGCCAUAGCAGCUGCUGCACCUGCCCCAAAACAGAAAGCAAAGUCCAAGUAAACUGUUUGUUUGUUAAAACGCAGGUGAAGCUGUUUGAUGUUAAAGGGUCAUCCUGUUUGGGGCCGCUGGAGGCCGCUCAUUUCCAUUUGUUCACCUCCUCCAUGUUUGUUUAUGGGAGCAAGAUUUAAUUGAUCCUGACAGCAGAAACAAAGCUGCCAUUCACCACAGAGGAGAGGGGAGGAAUUUAUUCAGUGCAUUACUCUUUUCGGGCACGUUUUCAUGAACUUGUUCAAAACACCCCCAAGAACAAAUCACAGUUUGUUUAACAAAAUGUUAUGUAUAACAGAAGUAAACUAGCAGGCUGUUUGAUGCUUAAAGAUGCUUUAUGUAACUUUUCUGGGCAGUCUAAAACUACUUGUAUACAUAAAAAUGUUAUUGCAUUUUGUAAGCCACAAGAAUGUUCUACAGUAUGGUAUUAAAUGCAUCUAUCUCGAUGGAGACAAGCAGGUGGUACCAGGCCAAGUCACUGAUCACAUGUAUACAGAGGUGACCCCACUCACAGUCUUUUUCUGAGGAAUAUAAACAGGUGUAAUUAUAAAGAUGCAAAAUAUAUACAUUUACUUGUACUGUGGAACAUUCCAGGCAAAUUAAUAACAUCCCCCUGGAAAAAAAUGGUAGGGGUCCACCAGAAAAGUUGCAUAAUGCACCUUUUAAGUGAUGCUUCUAUUGCUUGGUUGGAAGUAAUAAAGACACAUUAAAAUGACAUAAAUAAUAUAAAUCCAAACACAAAACAUGUGUUUGUAGCAUUGACUGUAGUUACCCCCAACAGCGCUUCACUGCAAAGCUAAUUACCUGUAGUAAACAAUUGAUAUAUUUAUGUGUCUUUUUCUAUUGUGCUUUCACAUUUUAAACGCAGCUGCAAACUACAAUGUCUUAAAGAGCAAUCGUUAUUAUGUCUGAUGUGUCCAAUAAUGCACAGUAAUGUAAUACUUUAGCUGAACUCUGAAGGGCAACAGGCCAUCAGCCACAACUGUGAGGCUUUGUGUCAUUUGUUGUGCCAAAAUAUUCAUUGUAAUGUAGCUUGUGGUGCUGAAAUGGACGAUUUGAUGUUUUUCAAUGUUUACUUAAUCUUUGGGGUAUUUAUUAUUUUAUAAAUGUAUUGUCAUAAUUUACUGUAAUACUCCCCAAUUAAAACACAAACACUCUAUUGAUAACCUU